CAGAAAUUAUCUCAUGGGGAGCCCAGUGAGAGCGUAACCGAUCGUCCCAGCGCGGCCUCUCCUCCGCGCCCCCCGGCCUGGGGCUGACGGAGAGGGCGCAGGCGGGCAGCGGGCUCCCCCCGCACCAACCGCCCCACGGGCAGGCCGCGCUGCCGGCCCCAGCUCCGGCGGUAGCCCCGCAGCGCUGAGGGAAGAGAGAACCCGCAAAGGGAGAAAGAGAGAAGGAGACAGCGGCGGCGGCGGCGCCGCCCUCUGGAGAGAGCGCCAGGGAGAGGCUGGUGUGAAGAGCCGCAUUUCAAUGAGGGCCGGGCUAAUGCAAAUCACUGCAAUCGGCAGCAGCAGAAGAAAGGCGAAGCAGCUGCAGCCCGGGCUCCCCAGCAGCGCGCUCCAGCCAGGGGAGGCGUAACAAAGGCAGCGGAGCCGCUUUCUGCGGCAACUACUGCGAUUAAAACCGGGUGGUCGCCGGGGGGGGAGGGGGGGAGCUGCCGCUCUUUGGCCGCUUCCCGUUUCGAGCCGCCGAUUUCCCUCCGCGCUCCGCCGGCAGCAGAUCUGAGGGAGAAGGUGCUCGCCAGGCAGCGGAGAACAGGUUGAACUUCAAGAUGUCCUUUGGGAGAGAUAUGGAGCUGGAGCAUUUUGAUGAGCGUGAUAAAGCGCAGCGAUAUGGUAGAGGGUCCCGGGUAAAUGGUUUGCCCAGCCCUACUCACAGUGCCCACUGCAGCUUUUACCGAACCCGUACUCUACAGACCCUGAGUUCUGAGAAAAAAGCCAAGAAAGUUCGUUUCUAUCGUAAUGGAGACCGGUAUUUCAAAGGGAUUGUAUAUGCCAUCUCCCCUGAUCGGUUUAGAUCCUUUGAAGCUCUCCUGGCUGAUCUGACCCGAACUCUGUCUGACAAUGUGAAUCUGCCCCAGGGAGUGAGAACAAUCUACACGAUUGAUGGCUCCAAGAAGAUUUCUUCCUUGGACCAGCUAGUAGAAGGGGAAAGCUAUGUAUGCGGUUCCAUAGAACCCUUCAAGAAACUGGAGUACACGAAGAAUGUAAACCCAAACUGGUCAGUGAAUGUUAAGACAACUUCUACUUCUCGUUCAGUGCCGUCUCUUGCCACUGCUAAAGGAGGUACUCCAGAUGCAAAAGAGAAUAAGGAUUUCAUUAGGCCUAAACUAGUCACGAUCAUCAGGAGUGGAGUGAAACCACGGAAAGCAGUCCGGAUUCUGCUCAACAAGAAGACAGCACAUUCAUUUGAACAGGUUCUUACUGAUAUAACUGAUGCCAUCAAGCUGGAUUCAGGAGUGGUUAAACGCUUAUACACACUAGAUGGAAAACAGGUGAUGUGCCUUCAGGAUUUCUUUGGUGAUGAUGACAUUUUUAUUGCAUGUGGACCAGAAAAGUUCCGUUACCAGGAUGAUUUCUUGCUGGAUGAAAGUGAAUGUCGGGUGGUGAAAUCCACUUCCUAUACCAAAAUAGCUUCGACUUCACGUAGGAGCACCACCAAGAGCCCGGGCCCAUCCCGACGCAGCAAGUCUCCUGCUUCUACCAGCUCAGUGAAUGGAACCCCUGGUAGCCAGCUUUCUACUCCCCGCUCUGGGAAGUCUCCAAGCCCAUCUCCCACCAGCCCAGGAAGCCUACGGAAACAGAGGAGCUCCCAACACAGUGGCUCCUCUACCUCAUUAGCAUCCACCAAAGUUUGCAGCUCUAUGGAUGAAAAUGAUGGACCUGCAGAAGAAGUGUUGGAGGAAGGUUUCCAGGUUCCAGCAUCGAUAGCAGAGCGAUAUAAAGUUGGAAGGACUAUAGGAGAUGGAAAUUUUGCUAUUGUGAAGGAGUGUAUAGAAAGAUCGACUGGUAGAGAAUAUGCUCUGAAAAUAAUCAAAAAAAGUAAAUGUAGAGGAAAAGAACAUAUGAUCCAGAACGAGGUAUCUAUUUUAAGACGAGUCAAGCAUCCCAAUAUUGUACUUCUGAUCGAAGAAAUGGACAUGCCAACUGAGUUGUACCUUGUCAUGGAACUCGUAAAGGGAGGAGAUCUUUUUGAUGCUAUUACUUCCACCAACAAAUAUACAGAGCGGGAUGCCAGUGGGAUGCUUUACAAUCUGGCCAGUGCCAUCAAAUAUCUUCACAGCCUGAACAUUGUCCACAGGGAUAUCAAGCCGGAGAAUCUACUGGUUUAUGAACACCAAGAUGGAAGCAAGUCCCUGAAGCUAGGAGACUUUGGCCUAGCAACAAUUGUGGAUGGACCUCUAUAUACUGUUUGUGGGACCCCAACAUAUGUAGCUCCAGAAAUCAUUGCUGAAACUGGAUAUGGCUUGAAGGUGGACAUCUGGGCAGCGGGUGUGAUUACUUACAUCCUGCUCUGUGGUUUCCCCCCGUUCCGUGGAAGUGGGGAUGACCAAGAAGUGCUUUUUGAUCAGAUUUUGAUGGGACAGGUGGAUUUUCCAUCUCCAUAUUGGGACAAUGUUUCUGACUCUGCAAAGGAACUUAUCACAAUGAUGCUUCAAGUAGAUGUAGAUCUGCGAUUCUCAGCCUUGCAAGUUCUUGAGCACCCAUGGGUUAAUGAUGAUGGCCUUCCAGAGAAUGAACAUCAGCUCUCAGUAGCUGGGAAGAUAAAGAAGCAUUUCAACACAGGCCCUAAACCGAACAGCACAGCAGCUGGAGUUUCUGUCAUAGCACUGGACCACGGGUUUACCAUCAAGAGAUCAGGGUCUUUGGACUACUACCAACAACCAGGAAUGUAUUGGAUAAGACCACCGCUCUUGAUAAGGAGAGGCAGGUUUUCCGACGAAGACGCAACCAGGAUGUGAGGGGACGCUAUAAGGCACAGCAAGCUCCACCUGAACUCAACUCUGAAUCGGAAGACUAUUCACCAAGUUCAUCCGAGACUGUUCGCUCACCUAACUCACCCUUUUAAUAAAACACUUUUACUCAAAAGUCUUGGCUUUAACCCUUUGAGACCCUGAAAAUCCUUCAGACCUGUGUGAAGUGAUUACAGCUAUCUAUCCAGCAGUAAACGCUGGGAUGGUGGAACACAAAAGGGUGCUCACAGAAUCUUUGUAAGAAUAAUUUCCUAAUCGAUUGAAAUACUUGUUCUCUGUUUAGAUUGCAACUUGCUGCUAAUAUGAUCCUCAAAGGGUUAAGGCUAUUUUGCUUUUUUAUUUAAAGAUAGAAGCAGUGAAUGUUUUCAUCAGUGAAGCUAGGAACUGCAGUAUGUAAUUUUAGCACAUGUUAACCCUCUGAGUAAACGAUCAACUUAAAUCUUGACAACCCAUAUUAGGGCUUUAUUCUGGCUUUUUUGCUUUUAUACGCACAUAUCUUUUAUAGUACCCUAAAGUUCCUUGCCUGUUUCUGGCCAAAACAAUAUCAAACGCACUAUUUCUUAGGGGUUACAAAUGUAGGCUUUAAAAAUGAAAAUAAAAUUAAACAAACAGUAUCUUCUACAGCAGCUCGUUCUGAACCUGCAUCGUACUUCCACAGGGAGUGACUGUUGUUGGAGGAUAUUAUGCAGGCUAAAUGGGAAAUUCAGUUUAGGGCAGCCUCAUAGUUUACAGAAGGUGACAUGAUGGUAGCGACAAAAGGUUGCUUCCGUAUCGUUUGCUGCUAAUGACAACGUAGUCUUGGGAAAUGUCUUGAGGACAUGUUCUGUCAUGCAAUGGUAUGUAAUGAUCUAGUCGAGAAGUUCCUGGUUCCUUUGCCUCACAUGCAGUAAUGUACGGGCAACCUCUCAACGUGACCUGGUUAUUCCGGGAGAGUAAUUUUUAAAGAUUAACAUUGAUGAGAAUUACCCUUAAAAUAAAUAAGAGUACUUCUAAAUUGGGGAAAAUACAAGUCAUUUAAUAUAUAUGUAAAGCCUAAACUGAAUUAGUGAAAGUUUUGUCUUAGAAUGGAGAAACUAAAAAUGAUUCACCAGUUCUAUUUGUAAUAUUUAAUAAAAUGAGCAUUUACACAGAGUAUACAUAUUUCUGGUUUGUUAAAACCUCAACACAGCAUUACAGCAUUUUAUUUAACUGUUAUCGUAAAGUUGGCUUCCACAGAAAUAUUACGUUUUGUAGACUUUUGUGUUAGAUAUGAUAAUUUGAAAGAAAAAUUAUUAUAAAAUCAGUCAGAAUUUCACAUGAAUGAAAAAGGCAACUUCCAAAAUCUUAUUCUAAAGUAAAAAACAACAUUAUGAAAUUUAUACUUUCUCUUAUUACUCAUAUAAAAUUGAAUUUUUCCCCUCUAAAGUUAAAAUGUUCUCACGGUAUUUUUGAAAAGUCACACAAAUGUGAUUUCCUCUCUUUCCCCCUGCUCUUUUUCUCUCCUUCUUUCUUCCUUUUUCUUUCAUAUCAUACAGCUAGAAAUAUCAAUAUGCUGCCCAAAAAGAUAUGCAGGCUUUUCUGAUCUCGCUGGGAAGUAUAAAUAAGUUUUGGAGUAACAGGGCAAGAUGCCCACAGUGCCACUUCCCUUCUGAGUUGUGUUUGCUCAUGGAACAUGGAGCAGUUGUGGCAGUGAAUGUGUACCUGCAACUUGUUGGAGCUAGUGUAAUGCUCUUUUGCAUUUCUAAUUGGAAGUAUCACUUGAACCAUAUUUCAAGAAACAUUGAAAUUGUUUUGUUUCUCCAUCCUUUGAAAUGCGUCUUUCAUUGUCUCAGUCAUGAAAAUUUAUGUAUUAAAAGCUCUGAAGAUUUUAAAUACAGGAAUUUCAUCUUAUGAAUCUUCACACAAGUGGUACAAGUAUUUCAUACAGAAUGCAGUUAAAUUCACCCAAGGUUAAUAAUCUAGAAGUGAGACACGUAGUCUGAACUACAUCUCCAGAUUUCCUUGGUCAUGCAAAAAGAUGAGCAUUUCCAAGUUUCAUUCAUCUCACCUGUCAUGGGCAUACAUUUCAGGCAGGACUCAUGCUUUGAUUCACCUAUUGCUCUCAGUCCAUUGACUGUAGAAGGAACUGCUGGUGGAAGCUUACAUCAAACACCAAACUUCAGAUUAUGAGUUUAGUAGAAUGAAUCUCACCCUAAGUCAUCAGGAGACUCUGAUCUCUGAAUGUACAUCCAUGGGCAGAAGGCCUGUGCAUGGCCUCAAUUACUCUGGAACCUGAGUAACAACAUCUUAACACAAGUGAAGCAAAUAGAUGUCUUGUUGCAGAACUCCACAGGGGCAAGAGGUGAAGAGAUAAAGGUUUUGGGAAAGGGCUGUGUCUAUGGCAGAUCCUUGACUGUGCCCAUCCAACCCUAGAGUGAUUGUGGAGAGAAGACCCUUGGUAAAUAAGGCAUAGCCACUGCCAUUGUGAUGUUAAUGGUUGCAGUUCAAUAACAUUUGGAUAGGACAGGGAUUAUUUUUCCAUAGGAUCAAACCCUCAGCCAAUGUAAAUCCCCCCUUGCCACUUACCUACAUCAGUUUACAGUAGGUCAGGAUCUGGCAUGUUUUUCCAGCAUUGCCCUUCCCACAUUAUAUCGCAGCCUUCCCUUUAGAAGAGAUACAACUCAACCAUGUGAAUGCAAGACGUACAUUUGGUAAUAAAAAGGUGCCCAUUAAUACCACAUGCUCCUUAACAAUUGGGAAAAUUUGGCAGUCAUAAACCAAAGGCCGAUGUUCGUUCUUCUUAAUUAGAGAGGGAAAUCAGGAGAAAAAAAUAUAAAAAUUUGCUUCAUCUUAUGUAUGAGAAAUAUUAUUCAAAAACCCAUCUGGGAUUUUCCUAUCACCUUUGCUUUGCUUUGGAAUACAGGGUUAUCAUUAAAAUAAGAUGUUUGGCUCCUUCAUCUUACACCAUCUUGUACUACUUAAAAUGUAUGUAAAAAUAAUCCUAGAUCCUGAAAUCCCUACUAAUCCCCAACGUCUUCUAUGUUUCUGAUCUCUGGUUCAUGUUUUAUGAACAUAACUAUAAAAAUAUUUAUUUUAGGUUAUUUUUAGAUCUGUGAGAGAUUGGGUUUCAAAUUGCUGAUAGCCUCUUUUGAGGCUUCAAGGAAAGGUAUCUGAAUAUUUAAACUAUUUUAAAAGUGGUUUCCAUGAUGGUUUUAAAUAUAUCCAUAUAUAUUUUUAAAUAUAACCAUAUAUAUGUAUAUAUGUGUAUAGUUUCAUGGAAAUAAUAAUGGUUCAAGUUUGUUUGGCAGUGACUGCCCCUUUUCUUGUCUAAUCUCCGAAUUCCUGGGGGUAAGUGAAGACAGAAUAUGUGGCCCUAAAAAUACUUGAAACACCAGUGAAAAUAACAGACUAUUUCUAAUGUGAUAAUCUGGGAGAGCACAUAGCACGCUGUGGUCAUUUUACUGUAAUACAUACCAGUCCUCCUGACUACCUUCUUCUUUUCCCUUUUGAAUCAUUGCAUCGUAUUGGUGCUAAAUGUGACAACAAUUUUUUAUUAAUGCUUAUUACAUAUACAAGGCCAACUUCCUCCCACCAAGCCUAUAUAGUUAGCCGAGAUGGAUGGCAGUCAUGGUAGGCACCGUCUAGCACCAAGGAGAUGGAGAGGAGCACUUCCAAAGGGUGAUUCAGGUCAUCUAAUAUUUGGUCUCUGGAGAUGCCUGUCGGUCUGAUCUUGGUACUAACAGAAGAGGAGAACAGGGUCACUUCCAGAUUAAUUUCUCUCAAUUAAAUGUAAGUGGGGAUAACGUAGAGUCCAAACUAAGUGCAAUAUUCUAGUGAGUUUACAUGCAGUAAGCAAACUUUGAUGUGAAAAUGUAGUACUGAUAGGUGAUAGAACAGGAUUAGUUAAACAGUGCUGAGUGUUGUCUCAUCUAGAGGUAUCCAAGAAUUAAGCAUCUAAUCUAGGGCAAUCAUCUAAGCUUCCCUUACAGUUGCUAGAGACUGGCUUCUCUAGUGGAUAAUUAAAAUUCUAGAAUGGAUGAAUCCCUCACUAGAUGAGGUGCCUAGCCCAAAUAUAUUUAGAACAUGAUUUAUUAAGUCAUGACAUAUAAAUUAAUAUUUCUGUAAGUUAAUAAUUUUCAUAGCAUUAAUGUACAAAAAAUCCAGAAUACUAUGGUUCUACUCAGAGGGUUAACAGAAAAGCACUAGGCAUGCUGAUUACAUUGGUGUAUCCAAACUGCUUUGCUUUUUUAGCCAGUGUUUGCUGAUUUUUUUCAGAAAAUUCUUGAAAAAAUUCAAGUUUGAAAUAAUUUAAGUGUUGUUGUUUAAGGAAUUUCUAUAACCAAAUUAAUCUUAUUUUUAGCUUAACUUAUAACAGGAAUAAUAUGUAUCAUUGACGCAGUGUAAGUCUGUAGUUAUCAAUUUUAUUAAUUCCACAAGUGAUUCCAGAAAUCUCUUUUUUUAAGUACUUACUAUAGAGCUUACAAUGGUGGCAUAGGUGACUGAGACUGUCUUUCUUAUUGGUAAACAAACAAUAUUGUAAUUUCAAGAAAGUCCUCAGAAUCAGCUUUUCAGUUUGGUAGUGUACUAGUUAGGGGAAAGCUAUCUCAUGACAUGCAUUGUGUAAAUCAUCUUUGUAGAUGAAGAUUGUUCAUAUUAAUGAACACAUUCUUUUUCCUUGACAUUGUAGCAGAAACUGUUUACUUGUUAAUGAACAACCAAUACAUUAAUUUGCUUCAGACUGUUAGAGGGGAAAGUGAGAUUCCAGUCAUUGACAAUGUUAUUGCUUUACAGUAGCCCUCAUCUAAUUUAAAUGUGGUGCAUACUACAAUAAGCAAAGCCAAACCUGUGAAUAAACUCCUGAAAAAGCCUGGUGGGUCUUUAUUCAGUUGGGUGCUCGCAUACAGUAGCGUGUGACAGCAGGAAGGCUUUCAAGAAUUGUUGAAAUGAAAGCGAUAUAUCCACAAAUAAGAGCUAAAUUGCAAUCCUUUCCCUAUGGGGCAUAUAUGUUUAAAAAGAAAAAAAAAAAGAAAAGAAAAGAAAAAUUGGCUCAGAGGUUUGCAGUGCUACUACAUUACCACAGGGCAAGUACAUUAAAUCAUUGUUAUUUGCUAGCCUGGGGUAUAUGUUAGAAAAUGGCAUCUUUUUUAUUUAGUUUAGAUUGUGGGCAGGGAGAGCUUUCCUAAUAUUAUUGCAGUGCCUUCUAGUGCUGCCAUGGUUAAAGCUGUGUUAGUAUUUCCAUUAUAAACUCUUAGUCUCAAAGGUUUUUAAUUUGAUCGUAAAAACUUGCUUCAGGCAGAAACUUGGCAUACAAUUUUUCAGCUCAGAGUGAUUCUUUUCCUAAAAUAUGAGGGAAAUCAGCUUGACCUCUUUGACAUUUAUUUUCUAAGUGUACACAAACAUUCACACACAGAGACACAAAGGCGGUUUUUAUGCAGCUCAUUUCAGAUGUGUUCCAUUUUCAGGCGUAUCUCACAGGUCUUAACUACACAGGUGACAGCUCAGAACUUUUGGGCAUUUUGAAAAGCAGGGAGAAAACAGUGAUCAAGAGUAAAAAUGUUCCACAUGUGGGAGAGUUUUAUUUCGAUGUGACGAGCAUUUUAAGUUCGCGCAGUAACGGGUAUGUAUAUACGCCCUGCUGAGUGCUCGUGUAAUUCCUAAACCCAUUAGUUUAAGUCAUUCUACGUAGCAAACGCUAAAUGUGAAUAUGCUGAAUCUCCCUGUAAGACUGGGAGACGCAGCAGUUUCAUCUUGUAUUUUACAGUAGCACCAUGGACAAAGCUGACGUUACACCAGCCAAAAGGGUCCACAAAGAGAAGAAUCAAAGGAAUGUGUUUUCUCUUAAGGGGAAAAAAAUUGUCUGAAUAAGACAGGGUUGAAAGCUCACACUGAAUAAGAGAGGUAUUAAAAGCACUUUAAAAAGCAUAAGUAUGGAAUCAUUUGAAAACUAUACGAGUGCAAGGGAGUCACACAGUGUAAUGAAUCCAUGUGCGGAGCCAAUCAACUACUAAUCUGGAGCAAAUUUACAGCUACAAACAGGCAUAAUUAAUAUACAAGUCAAACACACCCAGCGGCAGAUGGAAUUGAAAUCCUAGUUCUUUUACCAAACACAAUGCAGACCUCUUCCUCAUAUAUUCACUAAAUGAGACCGUGUGUAGCUGUUUGAAGUAGUGUUACAUACAGGCUAGUGGGGAAAUUAGGUGUUUAAAAAAUGACUGUAAAUUAAUUUUUUUAAUAGCAAUUCUGCAGCAUGCUUCUAUCUUAAUGGGUCCUUUUGGGAAAAGACAGCUUUCAAAAAGUAAAGUCUAUGCAUUUUAUACUUGUCUGCUUAUAUACUUGGAUAGCCCAUGCCAGAUAGCUUCAGUAAGAACUGAGUUGCCAUAUUGAGGUUCCAUAUUACUUGCAGUUUUCUGCAGCAGGGGCCAGAGGAAGGAGCAAAGCAUCCAUGAAAUAAAGAGUUCAUAGAAUGACCCACCUGGAAAUGUCUUCCUAAUCCUUCUUAUUGAUUGACUUGAGUCAUGAACCAUAGCGCUCCGUCAUUUCCAAAAGUGUUCACCCUACCUAAGUGGGUAGGGAAGGGUCACUGGACAGAGUUGUGCCAUUUUCCUGGCAUCCGCCUGAGUGCUGCACAUUUCCUCAAGCCAUGAGUAAAUAACAGGCUGGGAAAAUAACUGUUUAUGCUAAAUGACAGAGCUAGAAAAAAGCACACAGGUAGAAAUUAGCCAUGACAAAUGCAGACUGGCAUUUGGAAGAUGGUUUCUGACCAACUGAUCAAACAGAUUCUUGAGAGUUUUUUCCAAUAGGACCACUGGAGUCAAGAAACUCCAACUGAUUUUCAGGUGGAAUUUGAUCUGUUGAUGAGAAACUUUCUUCUUGAGGUGUUUCUGAUAUGUCCUCAUAUACAUUUCCUAUUUUAGGAAGACAAUGGACUCAGAAAUCCAGAAGAUACCUUGUAUUUCUAUUUCUAUUCUUAAUAGAUUUUAAAGCUAGUGAUAAGUUAUUCAUACACAUCUAAUUUUAAGUGCCUGGAGAAAAAAACAAGCGACGAAAAAGAAGCCUACCUUACUUGUCUAGAAUUACACUGAAGAGAGCUGACAUUACUACUGUAAUUGUUACUGGUACUGCUACUAUUACUACUACUACUACCACCACCAUUGCCGUUCAGAGGUAAUUACUUUUUUUACCUAGGCAUCUCCAUUAGGUGCCUGGAAUGCUUCAGCAUCCGCUAAUAAGACCAGAAGGGUCUUAUAUGAAUAAUAGCACCUAUAAAUUUAUUUUCUUUUCAAACAGAAUGCCCACAGCUAUUGAAGCUGGGGUCCAUGAUAUGGUGAGAGUUUGAGAACUAGUAAGAGAGAAAUUGGUAAAUUGAGAGAGAGGAUUAUUCGCAAGGUAUAAAUGCAAUGGAUCGUACAUCCAAGGGAGUUCCUGGUGCUGUAUCUUGCAAAGGAAACUGAUAGAUUUUUUUCUCUUCAGCAAAUCCAAGCACAAAGGAAAAGUCAAAUAAGCCUUUAAGAUAUGAACUGCUGACAAUCUGGCAUUCAUCGUGGAUCUUAGCUAGGUGUAGUCUUUGUGAAAUUACUUCAGUGUAAUAGGGAGUUGAAAUUUAAGGUGGGUAACAUCAGAUCUUGACAACUUCUGCCAUUGAUAGUUAAGAGGUGGGAGGAAUCAAAUUGACUGACUGAUGCUAAAACCAGAAGUAGUUCAGAAGAGGCAUUUGCAGAGAGAGUUGAUGUGAAAAAAGGGAGGAGGAGGACUCUUGAGUAAUUCCCAGAGGCCAAUUUAUCACUUGCCAUUUGUGUUGAUCUUCAGUGUCUUAUCUGAGGGAAAAAAAAAUUACUCAAACUGGUCCAAGGUUAAAGACAUAUCCGCUAUAACUUAUUUUUUAUUUUAUUAAGGAAUUAAUAAUAACCUUUUAUAUUCUGCCUGAAAGAAAAUUGUUAAAGGAUUAGUUGAGUGUGAAAUUAAAUAGCACUUUUCUCAUGCAUGCUAAAAAGCUAUCUAAGGUAGUGGAGGCCUUUAAACAAGUUUAUAAACUAUUUCAAUUAAAAAAAUUUUCAUUUCUUUUCCUAAGUAAGAAACUUAAGAAUUGCUAUGUGGUUUGAAUGGCAUAGAUGAAUCUUUAAUUUUCAAGGUACUAAUUAAAUAAUUUCUAGAUGAUACAUAUUGCUGUAAAAAUCAGGAGGGAAGCCAAACGGCAUAUGUCAAAUCCUGCCAUUUAUGCUAAUAAAUGUAAAUUAACAGGAAUGAGAUCUGAUAUUAUCACCUUAAUUUACAAGCUACGUUUUUAAGUUGUUGCUUAAUUUUAUGUAAAAUAUUUGCUCUAAAAUGGUAAGAAAAGAGUAGAAAAGGACAAAUCACUUAAUAGGUCAGCUCUAGUCUCAACUUCUAACAAGCUCAUGUUUCUUGAGCAGAGAAGCAUUACAAUAUAUUUCACUGCAGUCAUCACAAGCAAGCCACUAAGGAAUUACAAUCAGCUGCAUUCCUGAGAAGCUAUGCACAGGCUUUAAAAAUUAGUCAUGCAGCCACAUCCUGGUUUUCCCAUAUAAACCUCUGCAACAAAGUGAGUCUCCAUGAGCACAAUUAUUAAAAAAAAAACCACAAAAAAAAAAGACACAACUAUUCAAAUAUUUCACACCUCGUGUUAAUUUCCCAGCCCAGGAGGUGAACUUGGAUAAGUGCAUGGAAAUCAAAUAUAGUUGUGGACUGACAGCUUUUGUAUCUGAUGCCCUUCAACACUAUACAUACCAACUCUCAUGAGAAAUGUGAAUACUGUUUUACAGUGGAAGCCCACUAAAUCCCACUAAUGACUGGAAGAUUCAUUGUAAAUGGAUGGAUUUGGGGAAUUAGCAGGUGAAUUAAGAAAUACAAUAAAAGA